AUGGGUACUCGUCUAAUUUCCAUUCCUUCCUACAGUAUAGCUCCGACAGAGUUGAGAGAGCUUAAGGCUCAGGUUCAGGAGCUUCUUGACAAGGGGUUCAUUCGUCAUAGUGCUUCCUCUUGGGGCCAUGUUAUUUCAAAAGAAGGGGUAACGGUCGACCCACAAAAGAUUGAGGAAUUUAAGAAUGAGGCUAGGCCUAGUUCUGUGACAGAGGCCAUGAAAGUGCACUUUGAAGAGGGCAUACUUAGUGACAUCAUCAGUAGGUUACCUGUGCAGUCUCUUCUUCGGUUUAAAUGUGUUUCGAAAUUUUGGAAAUCGUUAAUUGAUCAGCCGUAUUUUAGGAUGAAACAUCUCAAUCAUGCCAAGAAUUCUCAGAAAUUUCUUUAUUACCAACAAAGCCUUGAGGAAGAUAUCUCUUCCAUAUACUCUUGUUCUUUAUCACCGGUUCAGUUGGUUGAGGAUAUACAGAAACUGGGUUUCCCUUUAAACAUUGAACCAAUGUUUUGCACAAUGUAUAAUUGUUGUGAUGGCUUGUUUCUUAUCAGAGCUUUUGAAAAUAUUGUUGAGCAAGACAUACUUUUGCUGUGGAAUCCCUCGACGAGAGAAUCAAUUGUACUCCCCACUCCAGAAUUUUCAGUGGGAAUAUUUUCUUGUUUGGGAUUGAGUCUUGACUUAACUAGUGGUGGCUAUAAGAUUCUAAAAAUUGAGGGGAAUGAAUCUAGUAAUCACAAAGUGUCUGGUGAAAUUUUCACGCUCAAAAGUGGUUCCUGGAGAAAAAUUGAUAAACAUCCUCAUGUCACUGGCAAUAGGGUGUCCGGUAUGGAUUCUUUGGCAUUUAUACAUGGGGCAUUUCAUUGGAUUGGUUUUUAUUCAAAAAAUUACUUUGUGGUUUCAUUUUAUAUUUCCCAUGAAGUGUACGGAGAGAUAUCAUUGCCAGAGCAAAUAUGCUUUGUGAACACCAGAAAUAUUGGUAUUUCUAUAUUGGAAGGAAUGCUUUGUGCUUAUUCUAAUAUGUGUCAUGAGGGGAACAACACUUUUAAGUUAUGGAUAAUGAGAGAUUAUGAUCUCAAGGAAUCUUGGAAUGCAAUAUUAUUUAUCGAAGAUCGAUAUCUUCUUAGAGCCACACCAAAAUAUAGGUUUGCAAAUGGUGAAGUAUUAUUCUGGUGCUCACAUUUACGAGGUAGGUACAUCAGAUUUAGGACACAAAGAGGACCCUUUACAUUAUUGCCACCAGGUAAAUUUCAGAAUGGGUUCACUUUCACAGAGAGCUUGAUCUCUCCAAGAUUACUUACUUAG